AUGAGUACCGCUGCUACUGCGGAGAUGCUGCCACGCUUUCUCCUGCCGCGCCUGAGCUGGCAGCCCGCGGGUCUCGCCGCUGCGGCUGUCCCGUUGCUGGCCACCCAGCAGUCCCGCGCGCCGCGACGACCGCGGCUCUCCCCUGCGGCCAACGGCAACCAUAGCCCGAUCCUAUCGCGCGCCUUUCACGCCACGGCGCCGCGGGCGCGCGACCACCACUUUGACACGCUCAAGUUUGUUAAGCGGCUGCGCGACGAGGGCUUCACCGAGGAGCAGUCGGUGGCCAUGAUGAAGGUCCUGAGCGACGUGAUUGAGGAGAGCAUCCAGAACCUCACCCGGACCAUGGUCCUCCGUGAGGACUCGGCCAAGGCCACGUACACGCAAAAGGUCGACUUUGCUAAGCUCCGCUCCGAGCUGCUGUCGGCCGACAGCACCGAGACCAACACGACGCGCGGCGCGCACGAGCGCCUCGCCAACGACAUCGCCAAGCUCGGCAGCCGCCUGCGCGACGAGGUCGCCCGCACCCAGGCCAGCGUCCGCCUCGACCUUAACCUGGAAAAGGGCCGCAUCCGCGAAGAGGCCCUGAGCCAGGAGCUCAAGAUCAGGGAGACGGAGACCAAGAUUGAGCAGGAGGUCGCGGCCCUGCGCGAGAAGCUCGAGCAGGUCAAGUUUCAGACCCUCCAGUGGCUGAUGGGCGUCUGCACCGGCUUCGCCGCCGUCCUGCUCGAUAUGGCUACUGAAAAGGCAAGAUUCCUUCUUCUGGGAAGCCUCGAGCUCGCUCACGAUGCCUUGGCCUCGGUCGCCCAAAUCGGCGGCAUGAUCCAGCCCACGGCGACCAACCGGGCCGAGUUCCUCACCGAGUGCCAAUCCGAGGCCUUUUCCGGCAUUGAGGCCAUCUUCCGGACCUACGGCUCCGCGCGCAUCACCGGGCUCUUUGACGAGGAGCUCGUGUCCGCGCUGCCCAAGAGCUGCCGCUUCGUCUGCCAUAAAGGCGCCGGCUAUGACCAGAUCGACGUCGCCGCGUGCCGCGCGCACAACAUUCGCGUCUCCAACACGCCCACGGCCGUCGACGACGCCACCGCCGACAUCACGCUGUUCCUGCUCCUCGGCGCGCUGCGCAACCUCAACGCGGGAAUGCAGGCGCUCCGCGCGGGCACCUUUCGCGGCCGCCCCGACAGCCUCCCCGCGCUCGGGCACGACCCGCAGGGCAAGGUCCUCGGCAUCCUCGGCAUGGGCGGCAUCGGGCGCAACGUGGCGGCCAAGGCGCGCGUCUUUGGCAUGCGCGUCCGCUACCACAACCGCCGGCGGCUCGCCCCGGCCGAGGAGGACGGCGCCGAGUACGUCGACUUCGCGACGCUGCUGGCCGAGAGCGACGUUCUCAGCCUGAACCUUCCGCUGAAUCCAAACACGCGACACAUCAUCUCGACCAAGGAGUUUGGCAUGAUGAAGCGCGGCAUCGUCGUCGUCAACACGGCCCGCGGCGCCGUCAUGGACGAGGCCGCGCUGGUAGAGGCGCUGGACGCGGGCAUUGUGUCCAGCGCGGGGCUCGACGUGUUUGAAAAGGAGCCCGAGGUGCAUCCCGGCCUGGUGGCCAACGACAGGGUCAUGCUGGUGCCGCACAUGGGCACCUGGACCGAGGAGACGGAGACCAAGAUGGAGGAGUGGGCGCUGGACAAUGUGCGGCUCGCGCUGCAAGAGGGGCGGUUGAAGAGCAUUGUGCCGGAGCAAAAGGAUAUGCAAUAG